GCUUCUUUCAUGCCUCAAGCCAAAGGUUCACACCUGUCUCCAUCUUUGAUGUGAAAGACUCCCCAAAGUUCCUUCAAGUUGGCCAGACAAGAGGAAGGAGAAGAGUGACGCACUUCCCCUCUGACCUCAUUUCCGGAGGAGGGGCCAAACUCUUUCUUGGCGGGAAAAGGCAGAGAGCAGGAGGAAGAGGACCAAGGAGGAGGAGACAGAGAUGGUGCUAGAAUCUUUUCUCAGCCCACCAAAGUCAGGACAGGAAUCACUUGAGCCCAUUUGGAUACAGUUCUAUGUGGAAACAACAGAAGAGGGCGACAAAGAGUCCGCUUCCUUUGACAAUGGGCAAGUGCAGGAAAGUGAAGAGGAGUCUUCUCAUCUACAGAAAGAUGACCAAGUGACUAUCUAUGAAAUAUCCUUAGAGGGCCUUGAGACAGCGUUGAUGCCUGGAAGUCUCUUGGUACUAGAAGAACAAAUAGAGCAAAAAGACCCUGACUUACAUAGCAGUAGCUUUUCAGAGGAAAUAAUCCACUCUGAUAUCAAUAAGGAACAAACUAAUGACAGGAAUUUCAAAGACCUGAACAGCCAGGUUAAGAAAGUGGCUGAAAAACCGCAUAUGUGUUUGUACUGUGGACAGACCUCCAGUUGUAAGGCAUACCUUGUGGCCCACGAGAGAACCCACACUGGAGAGAAGCCCUACACAUGCUUGGAUUGCGGCAAGUGUUUCAACCGGAAGUCAACGCUUGUGAGGCACAAAAGGAUGCACACCGGCGAAAAGCCAUACGAGUGUACCAAAUGCGGUAGGCGUUUCAGUGUCCGGUGCAACCUAACCAAUCAUGAGAGGAUCCACACGGGAGAAAAACCAUACAGCUGCUCCAACUGUGGGCAGAGCUUCAGUCGGCGGAUGCAGUUUGUUAUACACAAGCGAACCCAUACAGGAGAGACGCCACAUAGGUGCACCCAGUGUGGAAAAUGCUUCACUCGGCGCUCUACCCUCUUGACACACGAGAGAAUCCACACAGGCAAGAAGCCAAACACGGGUACAAAUUGUGCACAGGAGGAUCCACACAGGAGAGAGACCAUAUAAAUGUCCAUCGUGUGAUCAAACAUUUGCAUAGACUUAUGGCAAGCAUCCUCACUACCUCUGAGGAUGCUUGCCAUAGAUGCAGGCGAAACAUCAGGAGAGAAUGCCUCUAGACCAUGGCCAUAUAGCCCGAAAAAAACUACAACAACCCGCUUAAGAAAAUGCAUAUAGGAACACAGGCUGCUGGUGUUGGGGCCUCAAUCCAAACCGCUAGCUAAAUACCCAGAAACCAUGACAUUUUCUGAAAAGAGAAGUGCCUAAUUUAGCUUUUUAAACAUAUCAACUUUUUAUUAUUAUUAUUAUGGAGAACAGACAACUCCACAUCUGUAUGCUUGUCCACUAUGCCCUGCCUUAUGUAUGGAGGAAGAAUUGUUGGAGGCUACAGAUAAUGCUGUUGUUGUCCGUUUUUGGUCAAAAGAUACAUAGCCACCUGCGCUCCUUCUAUUUUUAUCAGUUUUAUACCAAUGUAUGCAAUGCUUUCGAUAUGAAAUAAAUAAAAUUAUUGUUAUGGAAAAGUAACAAAAUAUGAAAGUGCAAGUGAUAAGACACAAAGAUUGGAACAAGUUUAACAUCUGCAUUAGAUGUCCAGCUUUCUGGUUCACAAGACCCGUGUCAAAUAAAAUGUU